AACAGCACCAAAUGGCGGAGUCUGAUUGGGCAGGGCAAGGAUAUCCAAUCACCAGAAAAAACGAACUCAACAUUCUAUCUUCCUCACUUGGAUACUGUGACUCUCUCAUUCCUCAACACAACCUGAAUGGAUAAACCAAGUAUGAUGAUUCUCUGAUCAUUCAUCUCUCCUCCCCAUUCAUUCAUGGCGCCUACUCUCUCUUCAAAUUCCUUCCUCCUCACCACCACUCCUCCUUCAAGCUACUAUCUCCGCCCGCCCACUCUCUUCGCCAAGAAGUCCGAUGACGAACCCCAGCUGGAUUCUGCCAAGAAUUCCAACCCCUUCCGCUUUGAUUUCGGGAAGUUGCCCGAUGUCAAGUCUCUAGUCCCGGUCGUGGCCAGCCCAUCGUCUGGAUUGGCUUUCCGCCGUAAGGAAGCUGGCACGGUGUUCGUGGCAGGCGCAACCGGGCAGGCGGGCAUCCGCAUUGCCCAGACGCUGCUCCGCCAAGGCUUCAGCGUCCGGGCAGGCGUCCCCGACCUUGUUGCUGCCCAGGAGUUAGCCCGUCUUGCUGCCCAGUAUAAGAUCAUCUCUAUCGAGGAAUCAAGGAGGCUGAAUGCGGUUGCUUCAGUGUUCGACAAUGCAGAGUCAAUUGCUAAAGCUAUUGGUAAUGCCAGCAAAGUGGUGGUGACUAUCGGGGCCGGGGAGAACGGGCCGAGUGGUCUAGUGACCACAACUGAUGCCCUGCUAGUGGUUGAGGCCGCGCAGCUGGCUAAUGUUGGACAUGUGGCUAUUAUCUACGACGAGGCUGCUGGGAUUUCGUCCACCUAUAACGUUCUUGACGGUAUCACGUCCUUCUUCAACAACCUCUUCGCCAAAUCUCAGCCCUUAACAAUUACAGAGUUCCUGCAAAGUGUGGUGAAGACUGAUGUCAGCUACACUCUCAUCAAGACCAAGCUCACUGAGGACUUUUCGCCCGAGAGUUCUUACAACCUUGUGGUCUCUGCUGAGGGGGCUGGCGCAAACGACUACAAAGUUGCAAAAUCACAGAUAGCUUCACUGGUGGCGGAUGUCUUCUCCAAUACAGAAGUUGCAGAAAACAAGGUCGUUGAGGUCUCUACUGAUCCAUCCGCGCCAUCACAGGCAGUUUUCCAACUUUUGAGUGCCAUCCCGGUCGAUGGAAGGAGAAAGGCUUAUGCAGAAGUCCUUGCAAAAGAAAAGGCCGAGGAAGAAGCUCUCAGAGCAACAGAACAAGCUCGUAAAACUGCUGAAGCAGUGAGAAAGCCCGAGGAAGAUGUGGCAAAGGAGGAAGACCUAGCUUCCGGUCUAGCAGCAGAAGCUGGAGCAUCGGUUGAGAGCUUCUUGAAUACGGCCAAAGGCUUCAGCUCGGGCAUAAAUUGGGAAAAUUUGAGUUCACAGCUUAAAUCAGCAGUUCAGAAGCCUGAAGAGGAGCCAAAAGUGCAGGUUGCAACGGUCAGGGGGCAGGCCAAGGCGCGUUCCCUGCCUUCUCUCAAGGCAGUCGUGAAGAAACCUGCCAGGCCUCCUCCCUCCAAACCAAAGCCAAAAGCACCCGAGCCCAAGAAGGAGACGCGAAAGGUUUUUGGUGGUUUGUUUAAGCAGGAAACCAUCUACAUUGAUGAUGACUAGAGUUUGAUGAGAGCAAAUAAGCAACUUGCAAUGCUAUGGCCCCAUCGUCUUUGCCUUGGUAUAGAUCAUAAUUUUUUUUCAGGUAUCAAAAUUCAUAUUUUGAGACGGUGCUACUUUCCUGACUCAUGGUUUUGUGAAUUUUUGCUCUUGUAAUGAUGUGUAAGCUGUGCAUAACCCUUGAGCAAAUACUUUAGCUAAGUAAAUGUAUUUCCAUUUUCUCUUUGCUCCAA